AUGGAAAAGCUACGCAGGGUGCUGGAUUUCUGCAUCCGCCACCAGACCGUUCUGGGUUGCAGCAUCGUGUCCCUGCUGACGGCUGCCAGCGAGCACAUCUUCUCCACUGUGGUGUUCAAGUGCCCCUGCAAUUCUGGGAACAUGCUGUAUGGCUCCGUCUUCCUCACGGUGCCUGCCUUCGUCCUCUUCCUCCUGGGCUACAUGGUGAACGCCAGGACCUGGCGCCUGCUGACGGGCUGCUGCCCUCAGGAGAAGCGCUGCAGCUGCAGCCCCUGGGCAACCUGCGCCCGCCACUGCCACGUCCUGGUGCCGGUGACGGCCAAAGCCUUGGUGGCCCCCCUCACCUGGAUCGCGGUGGCCCUGCUCGGAGCCAACUUCUACGAGUGCGCGGCCAGCGGGAGCGGCCUGAUACAGCGCUUGGUCUGUGAAGGCAAAGGAGAAGACUGCCACAAGCAGCUGGCCAACCUGCCCUGCGACAAGAAGGGACUGGAGGAGCUGCUGGGUGAAUCCCCCAGCCUUCAGGCACAGUCCCAGCUGAUAGGAUGGUUCCUGAUCGCCAGCAUCGCGGCUGUGACCCUGGUGGCCACGUGCAUCAGCCGCUGUUUCUCCCCGGUCAGCUAUCUUCAGCUCAAGUUCUGGAAAAUCUACUUGAAGAAGGAACGGGAGCUCUUUGAGAUCAAGGCCAACGAGCACGCAGCCAGGCUGGCCGAAAGAAAUACAAAUUGCUUCUUUGAAGGCACCGACCCGGCACUGUUUCAGACUCCCAGCAACGAAGCCUGGUGGAAGAUUUCCUUCUUGUACACCUUCAGUCCGCAAGAGCAGUACUACAGCAUGAUACACAAGUACGUUAACACAAGCAGAGGCGACCCCGUCCGACCCGGGGAAGGAGACCGGAAUCCCCCCGUUUUGGGAUUUGUGGAUGACGCAAGCCCAAGCGAAUCAGGCUUUUGA